AAUCAAAGGCUCAGCAAACUUCUGGCCUAAAUGGCGAAGAGGGCGGUAGAAUAUGCAUCUAUUAUUUGAAGGAAGAGUUCUUGCAUUCUGCUAAAGUCACAGAGGAAUCAAACAACCCUCUGCCAAAGAAUUAGAGCAUUAAAUACUGAAAUUGGAUGAUUUAAAGGAAUAUACUGUGCUUUGACUUAGUAAAGUCAUAUUAUUUAGGAUGUAAGCUGCCGGCCAGAAGAACAAGGAAGCUGCAAGUACAACCAGCCAGAAAGAACCACACCAAGGUUGCCUUUACUUGGUUGCAUGCUGCGAUGACGGAACGACACCAGCCAGUAUCAGCGACAGCAUCAACAGGAAAAGAGAGAUUAUUCGCGCAAAGGAUCCAAAGGGGUGCUCCUUCAGGAGAUCAUCGGAGAUCAAACAGUGAAUCUCAUGGAGGAUCUUCAAAACGAGCAUCAGCAGUAUUUGUUCAAUCCUUCAUUGAUGUAGUUGAUCCACUUGACUUUGAAGACUUCAUACUACAACACCAACCAUUAGCAGAUGAAACUGAUGGUAUUUCAAAUUUAGCUGAAUUUCCUGAUGAUGACAUAGAAGUCACAACCCUAACAAGAAAGCACAGGACCACAGACGUUUCAAUACCAAAGGAGAUCAGUUUUGCAGGUGACCCUCAUGUCAAAGACUGUGCAAGAACAUACACACAGGACUGGUCUGUUGUGAACCGAAAAUAUCAAUUUAGAGCACUUUUCGGUGGUGGUAAACAAGCCACACGGAGUGACAGCUUUACUGAAAAACUCUUCAAACAUGUGUAUGAAGUUGAUUCAAAAUUGAAGAUAAAUCAAGAUAACAAAAAGGCAAAUGCUGAAAAAGGCUUCAAUGACAUGCCCAGAGGAAGCUGGGCAUCAAGCAUAUUCGAUCUCCAAACCUCCCAGCCUGAUGAGUUGUUACCAGGACUGCUUGAAGCAACCCAGCACGAGGAGAUCGAUCGUCAGAAUGAAAUUGAUAGAAAGAGAGAUCGUGUGCCCCAACUUUUCUCUGUUUAUGCCCCAAAAGAAGAGGAAGAGUCUUUUGUCCACCGAACGCCGGCUCUUAUCCCACAAGAGCAUUUUGGCCAACGGAUACUUGUCAAAUGUCUUGAUCUAAGGCUGGAUCUUGACGUAGAACCACUUUUUGCGACAAUGGCGUUAUAUGACGGGAAAGCAAAAAGAAAGAUCUCAGAGAACUUUCAUUUUGACUUGAACAAAGACAUGCAUAAGAACAUGAUCUCCAAAUUCAGAAGCAAAGAGGACAUGUCUUCGCUAGCAAGAUCUUGUAUCUUUUCUGUGACUUACCCGUCAAGUGAAGUGUAUUUGGUUGUGAAAAUCGAGAAAGUUCUUCAGCAAGGAGACAUUAGUGAUUGCGCAGAGCCAUAUAAGCCAUUUACUAAGGACACCGAUGUUGCCAAGUUUAAGGAAAAAGCAAAAGCAAAUGCUGAUCAGUUCUGUGACAAGUAUGGAAACUUCCGAAUGCCAUUCCUAUGGACGGCGAUUCAUUUGAUUGAUGUCAUAUCUGCCGCAGCAGGCAUUAGCGACAACAGCAACCAAGCUGACAAGGAGCAGUCGUUGAAUCGGGAGAAUUCUCUGCGACGGAACACUGACGAUGCGGAUGGAGCGAGGUCAUCAUUUAAGCGAGGCGAAUCGGUAUCGCGAAGAACGUCGUCGAACAGUGCUGAAAUCGGGAAACCGAACAUAUCGAGGUUUGACAGACCGCGAUCUGGUGAUGAUGACGAACCAAUGAUCCUGUCAAAUUUUAGGGCUGUGGCUUUAAACGCCAGCACAUUUUUCAAGCAGGAAUCAGACAGAUUGACAGACGAAGAUCUUUUCAAAUUUCUGGCAGAUCUCCGCAGACCAACAUCAAUUGUUCGAAGACUCAAGUGCAUAUCAGGUACAUUGAAAGUGGAUAUUUCUGCACCUCCUGACAAUCUAAUGUAUUGCCUAACUCCUGAGCUACUAAAGGUCCAGCCGUAUCCGGACAACCAAGGAAGACCAAUCAAGGAAAUCCAAGAAUUUGCCCCGAAAGAAGUGUUUGUGCCUUGUGUGAACUACGGAAAUACUCUGUACGUUUACCCAACGCAUUUGAACUUCUCCAAUCGUGGUGGAUCUGCAAAGAAUAUAGCAGUCAAAGUGCAGUUCCUGGCAGGGGAAGACCCUGAGCAAGCACUUUGUUGCAUCUAUGGAAAAUCGAGUGGACCUGAAUUUUUGAAAGAGGCCUGGACUGCAAUAACAUAUCACAACAAAACGCCGGAUUUUUACGAAGAAAUCAAAAUAAAGCUUCCUCCAAAUUUGGGUGAGAAGCAUCAUCUGCUGUUCACUUUCUACCACGUGAGCUUCAAAAGCGAAGGUUCUGGCAUUGUUGAACCAACUCCUGUCGGAUCCACGUGGCUUCCAGCUCUGAAAGAAGGUCGAUUGCAGCUUGGUGAUUUUUCCUUGCCUGUGGCUAUCGAUAAGCUUCCCUCAAGCUACAGUGUUUUGUCGACAGAGGUCCAACUGCCAAAUAUGAAAUGGGUUGAUGGUCACAAAGGUGUAUUCAGUUGCUCUGUUCAUACAGUUUCGUCUGUUCACACCCAGGAUAUCUACAUACAUCGGUUCUUUAGAUUCUGUCAUCAAGCAGAGGGCCGUAUGCAGGCCUCAUCAUCAUCUCGAGGCAAUGAAAGCAACAGCUUAGAAGGGCUUCGCAAGAGCAUCAAAGACCUUGAAUAUGCACAAGAAGAGCCAUUGGUCCGGUUUUUGCACCUUAUAACCGACAAAUUGCUGAUGUUGUUGGUUAGGCCACCAGCAGCUGCUGUCGUGAAUAUUGGACAGGUUGCUUUUGAAGCUUUGAACCAGCUGGUACACAGGGUGCACAUGCUGUUGGAAUACAACCAAGACAAACAUGGAAGGAAUAGCUUGUUAUCAUCCUAUGUGGCCUAUGCGUUCAAUUCCCACGUAGUGUCAUCUCCUCCGUCGUCACCGCCAACGUCUCCAAUUGGGUACAGGCCAGUUAGUCUGAUGCCUCAAAGCACCGGCUCGCUCCAGGGCUCAAAAACAAUGAGCAACAGCAACCCAAAUCUAAGUGACCCUCUUGCUGGUCACGGCCAUUCGAUCAGCGUGGGUGGAAUGAAUGACCCAUGGAUGGCGGAUUCGUUUGGUUAUCACAACAUACCGGGAAAUAGAAGCAGUGUUGCUGAAGGAAGAAACUCUCGCUCGGGGAUGGCUAUCUCACCAUUUUUUGGUAGCAAAAAGCUGGUCCAUGAAGAGUUGGCCUUGCAGUGGGCCGUCGCAUCCCUGCCCUUCAAAGAGAUGGCAAUGGCACAUGCAUGGUUUUACUUUGAGCUAAUGGUCAAAAGUAUGAGCCAAUAUUUGGAAAAUGCUGACAAAUUUUUCUACCCUCGGAAAGAACGCUUUCACGAGCGAUAUUUAGACGAUGUUUCCGCCUUAGUCAAUGCUGUUACAGUUGAAGUUGUCAGAAAACAGGAAAGGAAUUUUAGAAAUGCAAGAUUAUUGAAUGCAAGCCUUGGGUUCUUCCUCAAUGACAUAAUUUCUUUGAUGGAUCGUGGUUUUGUUCUUAUGCUGCUGAGAAAUUACAUGAAAGAAAUGAAUGGACAAGGCGCUGGGAAUCCCAAUCUGAGUUUCUUAAAGUUAGAGCUUUUACACAUCCUCUGUACACAUGAGCAUUACGUCAUCCUAAAUCUUCCGUUUCCAUGCAACGACCAAUCGCCGAACAUUUCUCCUUCUCCUUCAAUGAGUUCCAUCACAUCAUCCUUGUCCAGCUUUUCUUUAGCAAUCAAGGACCCAAGUCAGAGCCUUGGGGAAUUAUCAACUGAAUUUAGAGAACAGCAUUUCCUUGUCGGAUUACUGUUGUGUGAACUGAAGAAUGCAUUUGACUCCAAUGAACCUGACUUAAUGAAGCAAGCAGUUGAUGUUGUGCGGGACCUGAUUGCAUCACACGAUCUUGACCUGCGCUUCAACACAGAAAUCUGUCGCAACAGAAUAGCGGCACUGUAUCUUCCACUCAUUGCAAUCGCAAUGGAUGUCUUGAGCCAGCUGAGCGGUUUUGAAAACGAGAAGGAUUCAGUCAUAUCUGAAGAUAUUGCCAUGGCGAUAGCAAUGUCGAGUGUUCCAAUGAGUCGUUCUGUAUCGAAGCAUGAUAGCAGGAUCGAUCUUCAGCAACAGGUUUCAAGAAGCGCUGUUCUAAAUCCUGACUCAACACGAAGCCUUCUGCUUUGCUGUCUAUGGGUUUUGAAGAACAUUGAGAAAGCGACUUUGAAGCAUUGGUGGCUGAAGCUGCCGUCCAGCAGACUUGGCCAGUUGCUAGAGGUUCUGGAUUUGUGCAUCAAGCUCUUCGAAUACCCUGGGAAGAAGCCAGCAGUAGUUAAAGGAGCCGCACCUGCCAAUCAAGCAAAGAAGCCGAAACAAUCCGAUUCCAAAAUGAGGUUGCAAACGCUAGAAGAGGCUAUAUUGAAUAAAGGUGCAGCGCGUGAAAUGCUCCAGAGACACAAGGCGACAACGAUGAGCAAAGAUGACUCUCCAAAACUUCGAUGGAGGAAAGAGCACACAUAUUGGAAAAAAACCACAGAACAAGGGCAACGUGGAGAGGCUGAGUUGAGCUAUCAAGUACAAGGAACCCUGGCAGCGGAAAGUGCUUUUAUUGUUCUAGACGCACUGGAGCUUUUAAUACAGACAAUAUUAUCAAGCGAUGUAUUCCGGUUUGUCGUGAAUUCGGCGAUGCGAGUCCUUUUAAAUGCACUGUCAUGCAACCAAAGCACAGAGGUAUUAAAGGCAAUGUUUUCGUCAGAGAGAAGCAUUGUGAGAAAGUUACCAGAGUUGCUGUUUGAGGUAGACACAGAAUUGUGUGCAGAUUUAUGUUUCCGUCUGCUGAACCACUGUUGCUCGUCACUGAGUGAAAUCAGAUCUCAAGCCAGUGCUUCGCUAUAUUUGCUAAUGAGGCAGAAUUUCGAGAUUGGCAAUAACUUUGCCAGGGUAAAAAUGCAAGUUACAAUGUCAUUGUCAACACUGGUUGGCUCCACUCAGCAUUUCAACGAAGAGUACCUACGGAGAUCUCUCAAAACGAUAAUAACAUACGCACAAACGGACCAACAGUUCAGAUCAACGCCGUUUCCUGAGCAGGUCAGAGAACUAGUCUUCAACCUGCACAUGAUUCUGUCAGAUACCGUUAAAAUGAAAGAAUAUCAAGAGGAUCCUGAGAUGCUGAUCGACUUGAUGUACCGCAUUGCUAAAGGAUACCAAAACUCUCCUGAUCUGCGAUUGACAUGGUUACAAAACAUGGCAGCAAAGCACAGCGACAGUGGAUGCCACGUGGAGGCUGCCAUGUGCCUGAUUCAUUCUGCUGCUCUAGUCUCCGAGUAUCUCUACAUGGUCAUUGACAAGAGCUAUCUCCCCAUCGGCUGCGUAGACUUCGAAGGUAUCACUUACAAUGCCUUGGAGGAGAGUGCAGUUUCCGAUGACAUAGUCUCACCUGAAGAAGAAGGAAUUUGUGCGGGCAAAUAUUUUAGCGAAAACGGGAUUGUUGGCUUACUGGAGCAGGCUGCAUACUCCUUCACAAUGGCAAACAUGUAUGAGCUGGUGAACGAAGUUUACAAAAUACUUAUUAAGAUUUAUGAAGCUAAACGAGAUCACAAAAAGUUGGUAGACGUCCACGAGAAGUUGGCAGAUGGCUUUAAGAGGAUUGUUCAGACGGAAGGUAAAAGGAUGAUGGGUACAUAUUUCAGAGUGGGCUUUUAUGGUGCAAAAUUUGGAGAUAUUGAUGGGGAGGAGUUUAUUUACAAAGAGCCAGCUAUUACCAAGUUGCCUGAGAUUUCCCAUAGGCUACAGGCAUUUUAUGGAGAUAAAUUUGGAUACGAGGUGAUUGACGUCAUUAAAGACUCGAGUGUAGUUGACCCAAAUCGCCUGGAUCCAAACAAGGCCUACAUACAGAUAACAUACGUCGAACCUCUCUUUGAAGAAUGGGAAUUGGUGGACAGGAUUACCUACUUUGACAAGAAUAAUAAUCUGCGGAGAUUUAUGUUCGUUACACCUUUCACGCCAAGCGGAAAAGCCCACGGUGAUUUAUCGAGUCAGCACAAGAGAAAGACGAUUCUAACUGUUGGAAAUGCAUUUCCGUACAUUAAAACAAGGAUCAGUGUCAUUCAAAGAGAAGAGAUCGUGCUUUCACCCAUUGAAGUAGCAAUCGAGGACAUCCAACAAAAGACAAAAGAACUGUGUCAAGCAAUCGAAACAGAGCCUGCUGAUGCGAAAAUGCUGCAAAUGGUUCUUCAAGGCUGUGUUGGAACGACUGUUAAUCAAGGACCAAUGGAAAUCGCCAAUGUAUUUUUAACUGACUUUGAAAGAGGACAAAAUGAGAAUGCAGCAAUAACAAGGAAUCACCACAAAUUACGUUUAUGUUUCAAAGAAUUCGUCAAAAGGUCUGCAGAGGCACUUUCAAAGAACAAAACUUUAAUCACCCCGGAUCAGCGAGCAUACCAAAAAGAGUUGGAAAAGAACUACAAAGUAUUCGUUGACAAGCUGGAACCGCUACUUAAGAAGCGAUUUGGUACGCUCCGUGGAUCACUAAGAAAGAAAGAUGGUAUGUGAUUGUGAAAUUAACAGCAGGAUCAUUAGAAGAAUUUCAACAUUUUUAUCAAAGACACCGCAGCAUUUUCUCUUUCUUUCAAUCGCAACUUACUUGGAAAUAGAAAGGGAUCUCUUCACUCCAACUAGUAGAAUUGUCUUGUUGAAAACGAAGGUAAGAGCUACUAGUGAUGAUUGUAGGAGAAAUCUUGUUAGAAACAUAGCCUGUGUUUAUAUUAUUAACAAUUAUUAUUUUCAUUAACGUAGAAUAAAGAAAUGUAUUUACCUACAAAUUUCUGUUAAUCGAACUUUGUCAGUUUACAUUACUACUCUUGUUCUUAUAAACACUUAAAACAAGACAAAAAUGGCCUGUCCCAUGUCUGUGAUUUCAAUAUUAUUCGAAUUUGGAAGCAAUGUAUCUCAUAUGAUUCCUGUUUUGCAAAACCAAUACUUUUCUAGGGUUUUGUUUAUUUCCUAUGAGGAGUUUCAUUCGUAACCUACAGAUUCUAGUUAAUUCUAAACAAAUUCUAGAUGGGAACCCCUUGCUGUGCGUCGUUUGCGGCGUAUUUAAUCUAAAAAUGACAUGGCACGGAAAGAUAAUUUUCUUGCUUUACGUUGUGUGUGGGGAUACUGAUCUUUUCACAAUCAACUAAAACUUUAAGAUUUGAGAGUCUUAAGUUGCUCAUCGUAUCAACACAUUUUCUAUGUAUUAUUAAUUAUAUUUAAAUAAUGGGAAAUAUGUUGUUGCAAUUAUCAAAAGAGUGUUCUCUUAUUGAAUGCUGUUAAUUGUUUGUGGAAAUGGUUCGGUGCUGUAGUAAAUAGCCCUCGUUUGAUUUGCCAAACCAAGCAACGGUGGCAAUGGCUUAGGUGACAAUUGUAAAUAUGGUGCAACGGUCGGCCCAUUUUCUCUGAUUGGACAUACAAAGGUAGCUUGCUCUGUAACCCUUUUAAUGUCGCAUUGCAUUCUAAAGAAGGGACAUGUCGGCGUGCCAUGCCAGUAUCUGAUGAAUGGUGGCAUCACAAGCAGGCUGUCACUGUUUACUCCUCUGAUCUCUAGAUGCUCCUUUUCUUCUUUUUUCUCUAAAAAGAUUAGAUUUGUUUUUAGAAAAAGGGGCACGCCAAGCCACGUUGGCCUAUAAUUAGGAUUUGUAGGAUUUCUUUGCUACCAUCGUGCUGGAUUAGUUGGACAAUGUAAAAAAUUAUAUCCAAUGGCAUAAAUUAACAUAUAAAAUGUAUCAUAUUUGCAAAGCUUACCAUUUUAUUUUACCAUUUUAUCUUCACCAUACA